GGGGAGUGGAAGGCGCCGCAGAUCCGGAACCCCGACUACAAGGGCAAGUGGACCGCGCCAAAGGUGGACAACCCAGAGUACAAGGGCGUGUGGAAGCCCAAGCAGAUUGCAAACCCGGGCUACUUCAGCGACGAGCAGCCGCACGCGAUGGCGCCGAUCGGCGGCAUCGGCAUCGAGCUGUGGACGAUGCAGGACGGCGCGCUGUUCGACAACAUACUCAUCUCGACGGAC